AUGGAGGACCCGCGGCGCGACGCGGUGGCGGUGAUCGGCGCGCUGGUGACGCGACCGACGCUGCGGCGGCAGGCGGAGGUGAUUCGGCGGUGCUUCUCCCCGCGCGUGCGCUUCACCCACUUCCUCGUAGACGUCGCCAGUGGCGCCGCCGACCUCACCUGCAUCUACCAGAUGGCGCACGUGGUGUUGCAGUACCAGGGGGUGCGAGUGCACCGCGUGCUGUACGACCCUGUGGAGGACGCACUCUCUCUCUACGUCACAGUCUUCACGCGCCCGCUCUUCAAGCUCGGCUUCCUCGCCCACUUUGACCUCUGUGUGCUGCUCGAGCUCGAGGACAUCCCACUGGAGGAAUAUCCCUUGCACGGCCUCACACCUCCUCCCCUACCUCCUGCCAAGGAAGGCAGAACAUCGGAACCCUCUGCUGCCACACCAUCUGCCAUUCCUCCCACACCUGCCGCUGCUGGCUCUGCCUCUGCAUCAGAGGCGGGGGGGAGCAGUCAGUUUGCUGGGGAGGAGGGCCAUGGGGCAGCAAGGACAGCAGCAGUAGCACCGCAACCAGCAGUGCGGCAGCUGAAGCGAGUGAAGUUUCAGAGAGACUUCUUCCAGCGCAACCCAGUCAUCUCGCACCUGCCGUUCAUUGGAGACAUCUACAACGCGCAUCUGCCCCGUCUGCUAGUGGGGGAGGCACAGGCGCGGCUCUUCAAGGCGCUGCGCUUCCUGCUCUCCCUGCUGCUGCCCAGGGAGGACGCCCGGGGGUUACUGGGCAGGUUGGAUGACGAGUGA